UAUCCUCUUACUCCCUUUCGAUCUCUCUGUUAUAUUUUUUAAGACAUUUUUAUCUAUGAUUUCAGUUUCCAGACUUAUAUGUGGUUCAUUAUCCUGCUGUUCUUUUAGUAACCACAGUGAACACUAAAAAUAUUGGAGGUAAGAAGUUUCCAUAUUUCGAUCAAUAAUAUCUUGAUUGUCAACAUCUUACAAAGCAAGAAAAAACCGAUCCUUCUAACCAACAUGGAAACUUCUGCAGCGGAGCUACACAAAUGGAGCUAGAGAUCAAAGCAAGUUAGAAAGCUAUUCUUAGAAUCUAAGAUCAUUCAAACGGGAGGCUUAGAGAAGAACUACAAGCGGCUCUUUAGAGUCUACGAUGUUACUUAUCCACAACCGCAGAGUUACUCUUCAUCUCAUCAAAGAAGAUUGAUUUCUGCAGCGACAGAUCUAUCCAACUGGCUUCUCCUCAGCGAGAUAACAUGAGGGUUCACUACAAGAUCAAAAGAGUGAACAGAGUCUAGAGUCUAAACACUAAGAAACGUACUUAUGACUGGAUACUGUGUGUUGUGUGUUUAUAGAUAGAGUUGAUGUCAUAGGCAAUUGAUGAAACAAUAGACAAAGAACAAGUUGGAAAAACUACAGAUCUAGCUAAUCGGGUAAUUAUUGAAAUUUCAGUCACAAGAUACACACAGAGCUUUCGUUUGUUUUCUCAAUAUUCUUCAAUCUAACUAAUUCCUCAGUAUUCUGCUAUUCUUAUAGGUGGUCGAUGAGAUUACAGUUCACAGGUUGGCUUUUCUUAAGUAGUCAAGUUAAAAUUUGUCAAGAAAAUAUUACAAAUGGUUUAAAACUAACUUUACCUGCUUCUUUCUUAACAGGUAUGUAUCUUCAUCUCUAAAACGCAGGAUGGCUACAAAAAAAUGAUGUUCCCACUACAGUCAAUAAAAAGAGGCACGUGUAUGUAAAUAGACAUGACGGUUCAAAUUACUUACUUUGAUCUAUUAAGUUUAUGAAGAAUAGAUAAUUCAUUCUUUUCGGUGUUCAAAUAUUAUUGCAGCUUGGAAUUUACUGAAGUGGAUGAUCUGGAGAAGAGAUUGACUACAUCUCUCUCCUUCUAAAAUUGACCUUUUUGUGGUGGGUAAAUUUGCUUUUAUUCUGAUUAAUUGUAUCUCAGCCAGAAAAAAUAUGAUUAUGUUUAACAGGAUUUGCUUGGUGUUUACCACAUUAUAACUUCAUUGUAACAUCAGCUCAUUCGUUCUAAUCUAACCAAUACAAAAAUUGUGUGCUAUGGCCAAUGUUUUGGUCCUCCUCUCUAAUUUGAAGUUGAGUUUGAGCGCUAGAGAUAUGGAUAUGGAGAUGGAGCUAAGGCUUCGUCGUGGUGCUUAUGAUUCUUCUUCUGUGAUAUAACAUAGGUCUCCAAUUAGUAACCAUUACUCUUCUUCCCCUGUGAGGCAACCACCUCCACACGGGUUCGAAUCUUCAGCGGCUAUGGCAGCUGCGGUGAUGAACGUGAGAUCCUCGGGGUUUGCUAGACGCAUUUUGAGUUUUAAACCAGCUCUGGUAGCUUCUUUGAAUGUCUCGGAGUGAGGAUCGCCUAACGGGAAGCUCGAGUGGGGAAUGCAAAGAGAGGAGCAGAUCGGGUAUGUGUCUUGGUCACAACCAAAAUUCUGUCUUUUACUCUGGGUGUAGUACAUUAGUAAGAAACCAUGGAAUCAACUUUCAGGGUGAAAAAUUGAUUCAAAGUCACUGUGAAGUUCAUGGAUUGUUGUUAUCAGGCCGGAAGCUUUAUAAUCAAGUACGAAGCCGUGGAUAAAGGUAACUCGGUUUGUAAGUUCUCUAUAUUUUAAUAAUUAUUUCACCUAUAUUCAGAAAUACUCCGGUUUCUUUCAGGAACCGAACUUCUUAGGUGAAUUCUCAAGUGUUAACGACGAUAACAACUCCGAUGUGAUAUAUUAUAUGUCCAGAAGAAGCAUUGAACAACAAAAGCAAACGAUGCAGCAGCAGCAUCAACUGUCUCCGUCAGGAUUUGGAGCAACACCUAGCCUCGCAGGCGUGAUGCAGUUUGCGGACUUUGGUCCGAAAGUGGCGUUGAACCAGACCAGUAACCAAGAUGAUCAAGAAACCUGGAUGGACCCAAUUUAUUUCUUGAAGUUACCAGUCUUAAAUGAUAAGAUAGAGGAUCAUAACCAAACCCAUAAUCUCAUGUCUCAAGCAGGAGGUGAAUGUGAAGGAAACAUAGUCAACGUGUUUCUUGAAGAAAAGGAGAAUCAAGACGAUGAAAACAACAACAACUCCGUGCAACUCCGUUUUACUGGAGGAGAAGAAGGAAAUAGAGAGAACAAGAAUGAUUUGACAAAGGAGUUGAAGAGCAAGAGGAAGAGAACAAGAACAGGCAAGACAAGUGAAGAAGUAGAAAGCCAACGAACGACUUAUAUCGCAUUAGUUAAAGGAACCGUAUGAAGAAAAUGAACGAGCAUCUUCGUGUCCUCAGGUCUCUUAUGCAUGGAUCCUACGUUCAAAGGGCAUCAUAAUAACGCAUAUACUUCUUUUUGUAUUCAUAUAUCUUAAAACAUUUUUUAAUAUGCAUGUAUAUAACAUGGAUAUCAAGCUU